AUGCCUGGCAAAGUCCUCUCACCGUACAAGCAGGUCCCAGAGACCAAGGCCGACCUCGACUGGGCUGAGCUCGUCACUCUCGAUCUGUCUACGUUCGACACGCCGGGCGGCAAGCAAACCCUCGCGGAUCAGUUGACCUACGCGGCGCAACAUGUUGGCUUCUUCUAUGUGAAGAACUUUGGCAUCCCCCAGGAGGAGGUUGAUCGUCAGUUUGCGCUCGGGCGGGAGUUCUAUGAGUUGCCGUUGGAGGAGAAGUUGAAGUAUCACAACUUGGAGGACUUGCAUCGCGGGGAAUACAAUGGGUACAGGCCAGCCGGGUUGAGACAGCUUACUGCUGAUAUCAAGGAUAACAUCCAAGUCUACAAUCUGCCAAAGUUCGACGGCCACCAUGAGCGCGCCCAGCCACCAGUGCUCAAAGGCCACAUCAAGGAAAUCGAAGCUUUCAGCCGUAAAUGCCACGACCUCGUCGUGAACAAGCUCCUCCGGCUCUUCGCCAUCAUGCUCGAGCUACCUGACGAGGAGCAGCUCGUCAAAGACCACGUCUACGACGACAAUGGCGAAGACCACCUCCGGUACAUGCACUACAAGGCUCGCUCACCCGAGGAGAACCGUCUGGUCGGCGAGCUGUAUACGCCAGGCCACACGGAUCUCGGUUCGAUCACUCUCCUAUUCCGUCAACCCGUCGCUGCGUUGCAGAUCUUGAACUCCAAGGAGGAGUGGAAGUGGGUGAAGCCUCAGGACGAGACAAUCACGAUCAACAUCUGCGAUGCGUUGGCGGCGUUGACGGGCGGGUACUUGAAGUCGAGCGUCCACCGCGUGAGGAGCCCGCCAGAUGACCAGGCACACAUUGAUCGCUUGGGUGUUUUGUACUUCGCCAGACCCAACAACCACGUGGUCCUGGACCCGAUCAAUAACAGCCCUCUCUUGAAGCGUCUUGGUCUCGAGGAGAAUGACUUCACCAAACUCGGCCAGCAUCUCACCAUGGAGGAGUGGGUCAAGGUGCGCCAGUCUCAGCAGCAGCGUCGGACGGAGGCGCCGAAGAUUGAUGGGUCCAAGUAUGAGUAUACGGAUAAGGCAUUGGAGAUUAUUCCGGGGCUCAAGGCGAAGGUCUACAAUUAG